CUCAGCGGGAACGUGUAUUGUAUGCUAACACACAGUUAGCUAGCUAACCUCCACAUCUUCAAAAUAAGUGAUUCUGCUGUAUUGUUGUUUUUUGUUCAGUGAAAUAUAGUUUUAUUGUUGCCACGUGAGUACGAGCUCCUUGUCGACAGCCUCUGUGUUUCUCACCGCUGAGAUGGCCUGUGUGCAACAAGUUAGAACUUCACAGGACACUCAGCUGUUGCCUAAUCAGGUCCUAUCAGAGCAGCAGUCCUUGGUUGUUAUAAAGAAGCUUCUGGCCAUCGCAGUGUCUGGCAUCACCUACCUGCGGGGCCUCUUCCCAGAGAAAGCCUUCGGGAGCAAAUAUGUUGAAGAUCAGAAAGUGAUGAUCCUUAAAGAGGAGCGCAGCUGUCCUGGGGCCAAUCAGAUUGUUCAGUGGAUGCAGGGAUGCUUCGAGGCCAUUGAGAAAAAAUAUCUGCGAGCAGUCAUCAUGUCUCUCUACACUGACCCAGAGAACCCGCAGAAAGUGACCGAGUUUUACCAGUUCAAGAUCAAAUACACACCAAAAGGGGCCAAGAUGGACUUUGAAAGCACCAACAACAACAACAACAUGUCGACCAUGUCAUGUGGCAACACAAAGAAGGCGAGCAUCCUGCUGGUGAGGAAGCUCUACACUCUAAUGCAGAACCUGGGUCCUCUGCCUGACAACGUGUGCCUCAACAUGAAGCUGGCUUACUAUGACAACGUCACUCCUCAGGACUACCAGCCGUCAGGCUUUAAGGAGGCCGAUGGCGACAUCCUGGAGUUUGAGAGGGAGCCAGUCAAGCUCACCAUGGGCGAGGUGCUCACUCCCUUCCACAGUCUGAAGCUGGACAUGGGCACAGAGAGACACCGACUGGAGCAGGUGGAGGAGAGUUCUCAUGUGACUGAGAAGUGGCUUGUGAACAUUGAGGAGGAGAACGUCAUGUCAGAGACUCAUGUGACUGACGACGUGUCGAGGCCUGACGAGAACUCAGACCUGGACAACACUGAGAUCCAGAUGAUCUGCGACGAGAAGAUCGAGAGCUGUGAGGAAGCUACAGAGAUGGACACUCUGGUGGAGAAGACCUCCGACAUUGAAGUGGGACUGAAGAGGACCAGGAGUGGGCGGGUCCUCAGGUCCUCUACGAAGACAGACCUGACCGACAACAAGCCGACGGCUAUGAAGGACAAAGCGGUCUCUCAGUACGACAUCCCCAACAGCCAGGAGACGCCGACCACCUCCGCACCCAAGAAAAGACCCAAAUUCAGCGAGCCCAAAGAACGCUUCUGACCUCACUGCUGACACAGUGAUUCACACUGAUGGGUUUGGAUUUCAGUUCUGAUCACAACAAGUUCUGCAGCUGUUUUCUGAGGGAGUUCUUUAGCAUCCAGUUUGGGGUUGUGAUGUCACAGUUUGUUUGAACGCAGCACAGAUUUAAAAUGUGAACAGGAUUUUCAGGAGUACUGAUGAAUAAAUGUUUUAAUUAACAGUG